UUAAAUGUGAGUGCUUCUCUCUCAACUUGUUUAUUUCAGAUGCCUCAGGAACAGUACACACACCACCGGAGCACCAUGCCCAGCUCCGAGGGGCCACAGGUAUACAAAGUGGGGAUUUACGGCUGGCGGAAGAGAUGCCUGUACUUCUUUGUCCUACUUCUGAUGAUUUUAAUACUGGUGAACUUGGCCAUGACCAUCUGGAUUCUCAAAGUCAUGAACUUCACAAUUGACGGAAUGGGAAACUUGAGAAUCACAGAAAAAGGUCUAAAGCUAGAAGGAGACUCAGAAUUCUUACAACCUCUCUACGCCAAAGAAAUCCGGUCCCGGCCGGGUAAUGCCCUGUACUUCAAAUCUGCCAGAAAUGUUACGGUGAACAUUCUCAAUGAUCAGACUAAAGUGCUAACUCAGCUGAUAACAGGUCCAAAAGCUGUAGAAGCUUAUGGGAAAAAGUUUGAGGUAAAAACGGUCUCUGGAAAAUUGCUCUUCUCAGCAGAUGAAAAUGAAGUGGUAGUAGGAGCUGAGAGAUUAAGAGUUUUAGUUCCAAAUUCCCAAUGGCCUGGACUCUUCUGCGUGGAGGUUCUUCCCAUCAUUUCUACCUCAUUACCUGCCACUGAACUUAUUGUUCCUCCUCCAAACUCCCCACCUCCCACACUUCCCGAAUUCUUUUUUGCGGUGCCACCAUUCUCCUAG